CAUUCUCGACCUUUUUACGACUUCAACUUCGACGUGGACAAGGACGCCUUCAUUACUCUCGUAAGGGCUAUCAUACAGGAGAAAGUGCACAGACAGACAGCCAACCUUCAAGAUGGCAAACACUUCUGAUGAGUAUAUGAGGAAGGCCAGGCAGCACGCAUCCAACUCUAGAGACGAUGUGAAUGCAGCUGGCCAGCACGCAGCAUCUGCAGCUUCCACAGUGGGCCACGACCUACGUGCUGCUGGGCAGCAGGCUGCUGAUGCUGCCAAGUAUGUUGGCCAAAGGCUCACUGCCCCAGUUGCUGGAGAGGAUCACCCUGACCAGCAUGUGAGGGGCAGCGCGAAGGAAGCAAAGGAGAGCGCCAAGGCCAAGGCAGACUCUGUUGCGGACAAGGCCCAAGAGAAAGGGAAUGAGGCUGCCAAUGAAGCCAAGACUGCAUAUGGCAAGAUCAAGAGUUCAUUUGGCAAUCUAUUUGGUGGCAACAAGAGCGAGGAAGCAUCAGGAACUGAUGCUGCCCACAAGGCAGCCAAUAAGGUCAACAAAGGAUUGGACAAAGCCCAGGAGAAGCAGCAGGAGGCCUAUGAGAACGCCAGUGGCAAGGAAGACGUGAAGGAGGAGGGCCAGAAGGCUUUGGACUCCGCCAAGGAUGCCGCUAUCCACACAAAGGAUACCGUGGUGGGAGGGCUGAGCUAUGUCAAGGGCCGCCUGACAGCACCUGUGAGCGGUGAAGAAGGGAAGGACGAGGAGCUGAAGGACAGUGCAAAGGAGGAGACCUCCCGGGCUGCAGACAAGGUCAGCGCCGCCGCGCAGAACGCUUCGUACAGGGCCUCAGCCGCCGCCGAAGAGACCAAGGAGCAAUCCAAGGGUCUCUUCGCAUCGAUCAAGGACGCAUUCAAUUCAGGCGACAAGACAGACACAGUCCACUCUGAGAAUGCUCAUCAGAAGGCGAAGGGCACUCUCGAAGAGGCGCAGGACAGGGUGAAGGAAACUGUGGAGUCUGCCAAAGCCUCCCUGCGAGAUGCCGCCGAGGCAGUGGAGCCCAAGACCGCUGAGGAGGCCAUCCAGGCUGAGGGGGGAAUCCCGUCAAACACUGCAGACCUUCUGAAGGAGCAGGAGUUUGCUCAGAAGGUCACCGUCGCUGACCACGAGGAUGUGGAGGGCAUGAAAAUUGGAGCAACUGACAUCCUGAGCAAGACUGCUCAGGGCUGGGGAGGUGACAACCUGACAGGGGAGGGCACUCUGGGGUCUGUGCGUGACGCUGCAGACCAAGCAGGGCCGCACAGCCGCAUGAAGUGA